AUGGGUGCGACGCCGCUUCGCACGAUUAGCGCUCCCCGUGAGGCCUCAGGCGUGACGCGCUUGGACGCGCUGCCGUUGCAGUGGGUCUUUUUUCUGGAUCCUCCAUCUCUGCUCCGCAUCCAGACGGCUGGCUGGGCGGAGGAGGAACUGGUGCAGAAUGCUUGGAAGGAGCUUUGCGCGCAGGAGCUUGGCAUUCCCUCUGAAUUGCUGUGCCCCGUGGGCUCGGGACCUCGCUUGCAAGGUGCCCAGAGUUCCUCAAGUUCGCGGUGGUGCUGGAAGCGUGCCUUCUACGACUUGGACAUUGCCCCGGGUAAGAAUGCUCUUCGGAGCUCGAGCGAGGACUAUCAGUUCCUGCCCAGUCUUUAUGGCGAGUCGGCAUCGGCACCGGAGGGAGUGCAGUUCCUCCAAGAUGCUGAUGGGAAGGUAUUGCGGUGCCACCUGCGCCCGGGGUUCAUGGGACGAGAUCGCUGCGUCGUGGCUCAGCUGCCGCUGCCUGCGGUCCCUUCAGCCACCGUCCUGCCAUACGCCUCCGAAGAAAGACAUGGGUGCCACUGGAGGGUCGCCUACCGCAGUGCUUCGUACUACGAGGUUACGGUGGGCGGUGCCGGAGUUGGUGCCUGUCGCCGAGGGAGGGAUCGGGAGGAAGCCGUGCUGCACUGCAUCUCCGUGGGGCUCUGCACGCCGCGCUUCUCGCGCUAUGCUGUUGCCAAGCAGCAGGCAGGCUGGGAUGGAGAAUCCUGGGGCCUCCACAGCGACGACGGCCAGCUGUUCCACGCCUCCAAUCGAGGGUACCAGUUCGCAGACGCGAAGGUGGCAGGGCCAUUGACCUUCGGGGCGGGAGACGUGGUUGGCUGCGGGAUCUGUCAGCUGCCCGCCUCCAGCUUCGGCGACUGCGAGGCAUCGCAGGUCACAGCAGGGCCGCGGCCUCUGGCGCAUGCAAAGCGCAAGAUCUUCUACACUCUGAACGGUGCCUUCUUAGGAUUCGCCUUUGACCUCGAUCAAGUUCCUUGGGAUGUUCCGCUCUGGCCUUGCGUGCCUGUACUGCAGUUUAGCAAGCUCAGUGGUGUAGCGCGUCUCAACUUUGGAGUGCUAGAGUCCUCUUAG